CAUAGGAGCAAAACACAAGCGUUUAAAGUCAUAAACUCUCAUAAGCAUAAGCAGUACUUUAAAUCUGGGGUGCAGUGCAUCUCGCCACCUCAUAAAAACAUUAUAAUGUUCUUAGAAAGAAGCGGAGUUGUUUUUUCCAUGGUUGCUACAAAGCACAGCCUUUGUCUCGUGGCCCCCGCUAAGUCAUUCUUUUCCACCCCAGUUCACACCUUACAGCAGACUGAAAGUAUUUGACAUCUCCAAACACACAUGGCACCGUGCGGCAGAUGUGGCAGAAGAUGGACCGCAGAGGAUGGGCUUUCUGUUGUGCUCUGCUUCCUUGUGGCUUACUUGGGAAUCCUGUCAAUCUGAUGCCAUUUGGACGUUAUGACAUGGAUGAAGCCCACCCGUUAUAUCAAGAUACCUGCUUCCUCGGAUUCUCCUGAUGCUUUCCGUGUCUUCUCCUUCUACCUGUCCAGUGACAGUAAAGACAAACCUCAGGCAAGCUUCGACUGUAUUCACCAGUAUGUUUCUGGAGUUGGCAGGGAGCAUCUGGAAAGUCAGGGCAGUAUUCAGGACAAAAUCACGGUGUGUGCCACUGACGAUUCCUAUCAGAUGACCCGCGAACGCAUGUCUCAAGUGGAAAAAGACAUCUGGAGUCGCUCAGCCAUCGAGAUCAAACCUGGAUCCACACGUCCGAGUAAAUGUGUGAAGAUUAAGAAGAAACAGGGCCUGCCGACCAGCUUUGACAACACUAAUAGACAUUCACCCAGCAACAAGAGGAACGGUACACCUAGCUUGGUGGCCCACAGGCCCUUGAAAGAACGUGUCAUUCACGUUCUGGCCUUAAAGCCCUACAGCAAGCCAGAACUGCUGCUCUGGCUGGAGAGGGAGAAAGCCAGCCCCAAGGACAAGGUCGACUUGAGUGCUGUGCUGGAUGAGGUGGCUAAACUCAAUCCCAAAGACCACAGCUUUACUCUAAAGGAUGAUUUCUACAGACAUGUGCAGAGGGACUGGCCCAGCUAUGUUGAGGAAGAGCGGCAACUCAUUCAAAGGGUGUUGACAAGAAAACUCCAGCCUCUCAGCAGCAGCAGUAGCCAGUUGAAAAGCGUCCAGUCCAGCCAUUCAUUCCACAAAACCUCAGGGGAUUCUCCAUCCCAACUCAGCCCUGUCAAGAAUCUCUCCAUGAAACGCCCAGUGCCUUCCGACCAUCCAGAAAGCCAGACGCCAAAAAAGCAACGUUUAUUAGACCAGAACAUGCCCUUGCAAUCGCCUUCCAAUGGACAUCUCAUCUCCUCCAUGGGCCGUAGCACUUCUGCUCAUGGAAACACAAGUUUGCAGAGGGGCACCAGUACAGCUCAGCAGAGCCCUGAUGGUCUUUACCAGCGGCACAAGCUCGGCGAGUCCAACAGCGUGCCCAAACCAGAACAGCCAGAACCAGCACAGCAGCCAUCGUCCAGCCCCAAAUACCCAAGAACUGAACCAGAAAUCUGCACUGACCAGCAGCUAGCAAACGGCCAGCACAAAAAGAAGUCCAAGAAGCAUAAAGAAAAGGAGAGGGAGCGCUUAAAACCUGAGUGGGUCAAGACCAGUCCGGACCUCAAACAGAACCGGGAAAAUAUUAAAGACCAUGAACGACCCAACACGCCUGUCACCCGUGCCUCGCCCGAUGAGCUGCCUGACUAUUUAUUAAAAUACAGCACUAUUACAGACUCCGAGCAGCAGCAGAGGUACAAAGAGGAUUUUUGUGCGGAAUAUGACGAGUACAGAGACCUACAUGAGCGUAUAGGGAAAGUCACCGAGAUAUUUGUUCAACUGGGAUCAAAGAUAAAGACGCUGUCUCCUGGGACACACAAGUAUAAGGUAAUGGAAGUUCAAAUAAUGGAGAAGUAUAGGAAGUAUAAGAAGAAGUUUCCAGGCUACAGGGAAGAAAAGAAGCGCUGCGAGUAUCUCCAUCAGAAACUAUCGCACAUCAAAGGCCUGAUUCUGGACUAUGACCGCACACAAGCGCCCUCCUAGUGCCAGCCGUUCCACUCUCCUCCUCCUUCCCAGUCUGGUCGCACGGACCAAAAGACUCCUCAGUGGAAAAUAAACCAGGACCAAAUGUCUCUUCUUGAGCAUGACAAGGCAUUUCCACGUCUUUCCUCCACACAAACUGUGGGUGACAAUGUAGAGGCUGAGGAUCUAAGCCCAAACUAUCUAAUAAAGGCCAAGACCUCCGAC